ACCACAACGUGUUUCUGAGCCGGCACUUCUUGGGCCUGAUGCGCGCGAGGCUGGAGGCGUGCGAGGCGGCGAUGGCAGGGGAGGAGGACGGGGAGGGAGUGACGGCGGCGACCCCUGUGGUCUUGGCCAGAAUGGUGCGCUUCGCGGAGCAAAUGGUGGUGCAAGUGCAGGAGAUGGGGCAGCUGUACGAACUCCAGCAGCUCGACAAGAUCAAGGCGAUCUGCGCGGUAGCGGAGGAGGACAUGGGCCGCCUGAGCGAGUACGUCAGCAGUCGGAAGGAGGAUCUGGACGAGGAUUUUGUUCGGUACUUGCAGUAUUUGAUGGAGGCGGAAAAGCUGCGGUUGCGGGGCGCGGGUGUGACGCGGCCGGAGCGAGAGCCGUCGAACUGGCUGAUGAUCUUGGAGAUCGUCAAGAAGGGUGUGUACCACGAGCUGGGCAAGGCCGUGCGGGACGACGUGAGCAUGGUGCAUUUCAUCACUCGCUUCGACGAGGCCGACGAGCGCGAGCACCUGACUCGGGCCCACGUUGCGCGCCUGGCGCCCUCCCAAGUCAUUCCUUUCAAGCGUGUGGUCAACCAGAUGGUCGAUCAUUUCGAGAGCCGCGUGAACGAGCUGAGCGAGGCGGAGCUAUCCCUGGCCGGGCGGGUGCUGGAGGUGGAGGACGUGCUGGAGGAGCUCCACCCCGACUCCUCCCUGCUGGCCCUCCUGCAGAGCAAGGAAGGGGGCGUGGGCCUCGAGGCCUACAAGACGGGCGCUGAGACGCUGCUACACGACCCGAGGGAGUGGGAUGAUAGCGCGGUGGCGGGAAAGGAGGACGAGCUUUUUUCACCGGAAUACCUGGCCGCCAAAUACGAUCGUAUCCUCAAGCACUACGGAUUCUCCGCCUCCCGCCAGAGAGGUCGGGGCAUGGGCCAGGGGGACGCGGAGGAGGAGGAAAGAAAGGCAGGGAUUGGGGAUAUUGAAGGAAUUCUGGGGGGAAACGCGGAUACGCGGGGUGCGCUGCCUGCUGCGCUGGAGGCGUGGGUAGGGACAGAAAAGACGGAAAGCGGACCAAAGGAGG